GAGCAGGCAGGGAGCCGAGGGUGUGUGCCUCUAAGCUGGGUAUUCUGGCAAGGUGGAGAGCUGGUCUGUUUGGCAGGACCUUCCCAUCUGGGAUCCAUCUGUGUUUCCCUGGAAUCGGACAGGCGGCUCCAGGCAGUGAGAAAUCGCAGAUGUGCGGGACCUGACACAUGUCCAGCUAAUGAAAGGAGAAGGCAGGCUGGGCUCCGGCUGCGCUCGAAGAUCACGAGCGGAGGAGGAGGAAGAGCGCUUUUAUUUAUAUUUCAAAGAAACUAGGUGUAUUCAACAGCAGCUGGAUCGUUGCAACCUUGCUGUUUAGGGCGUAGGGGUAAAUGUGCAGAGUUGCUGGUGAGAAGAGGGUGCCAGUGAUGCCUGGAUCACCCGUGGAAGUGAAGAUACAGUCCAGGUCCUCUCCUCCCAACAUGCCACCGCUGCCACCUGUGAACCCUGGCGGCCCCCGGCCGGUGUCCUUCACCCCAACUGCAUUGCCCAACGGAAUAAAUCAUUCCCCACCAACGCUGAAUGGGGCACCAUCCCCACCCCAGAGGUUUAGCAAUGGUCCUUCCUCCUCCUCCUCCUCCUCGCUGACGAACCAGCAGCUCCCGGCCACGUGCGGUGCCCGGCAGCUCAGCAAGCUGAAGCGCUUCCUCACUACCCUGCAGCAGUUCGGCAAUGACAUUUCACCAGAGAUUGGGGAGAAGGUCCGGACCCUUGUCCUGGCACUAGUGAACUCAACGGUGACAAUCGAGGAAUUUCACUGCAAGCUCCAAGAGGCGACGAACUUCCCCCUCCGGCCGUUUGUGAUUCCCUUUCUGAAGGCCAACCUCCCGCUGCUGCAGAGAGAGCUGCUGCACUGUGCCCGGGCUGCCAAGCAGACGCCCUCCCAGUACCUGGCGCAGCACGAGCACAUCCUGCUGAACACAAACACCACAUCCCCCGCUGACUCCUCCGAGCUGCUGAUCGAGGUGAAUGGGAAUGGGAAGAGGCACAGUCCGGACAGAAGGGAAGACAGCAGCUUUGAGAGGGAGCCGCUGCCGACAGAGCCUCCGGCCAAGAGGGUGUGCACCAUCAGCCCUGCACCCCGGCACAGCCCUGCCUUGACAAUCCCCCUGAUGAAUCCCGGGGGGCAGUUCCACCCCACCCCACCACCCCUCCAGCACUACACCUUGGAAGAUAUCGCGACCUCCCACCUCUACAGGGACCCCAGCAAGAUGUUGGAGCACAGAGAGAUUCGGGACAGGCACGGCGGUCUUGGUUUGAAUGGAGGAUACCAGGAUGAGCUGGUGGACCACCGCUUAACAGAGAGAGAGUGGGCUGACGAGUGGAAGCAUCUUGAUCACGCACUGAACUGCAUCAUGGAGAUGGUGGAGAAGACCCGGCGCUCGAUGGCCGUGCUGCGGCGCUGUCAGGAGGCCGAUCGGGAAGAGCUCAACUACUGGAAGAGGCGGUGCAGCGAGACGGCAGAACCGCGGAAGGCGGGCAGUGAGCUCAUCUCCAGGCAGCACAGCCCCAGCAGCUCCGACUCCAUCAGCAGCGAUUCAUUGCGGGAGUUCAGCAACAGGUCGGGAACAGGAUACGUCACUGAAGAGAUAUGGAAAAAAGCUGAAGAAGCCGUGAAUGAGGUGAAGCGCCAGGCCAUGUCGGAGGUGCAGAAAGCGGUGGCAGAAGCCGAGCAGAAGGCAUUUGAGAUGAUUGCCUCCGAGAGGGCUCGGAUGGAGCAGACCAUCGCAGACGCCAAGCGCCAGGCCACCGAGGAUGCUUUCUUAGUGAUAAACGAACAGGAGGAGUCUACGGAGAGUUGCUGGAACUGUGGUCGCAAAGCGAGCGAGACAUGCAGCGGCUGCAACAUCGCCCGGUACUGCGGCUCCUUCUGCCAGCACAAGGACUGGGAGAGGCACCACCGAAUCUGUGGCCAAGGCCUGCAUGGCCAGAGCAAGCCGCUGGCUCUGCCCACAGGCCGAUCGGCAGCCACUGCUGCCAAGAGCCUUGACGGUGUGCCCAGCCCGGCCCUCGAGAAGACUUCGGCGACCACCUCUCGGUCCUCCACCCCGGCAUCCGUGACAGCAAUAGAUACGAACGGACUCUAAACGGGAAGUUUUGGUUCAGUCCAUUUGAUUAGUUCCCCUGGGUUUUUUUAAGCUGAAAGAACCCCCCACAGCAACUUGUAUCACUUGACAUAUUUGACACAUUGCGCCGCCUCCUCAGAGCACCAACACUUGGGCUUUGCCAUCUCAUGCUGGCUUUUUUCUUUUGUGGCGUAUGAAGAACUGAGGCCAGCCUUGCCCGCGGCACCUCCGUGCCCGUCUCUCUGCAGUGGGGUGCCAGAGCAUCAUUCGGGACCUGGAGGAGGCCAGGCACUUGCUCGGGAGGACCUGGACUCAGUGGAGAGCACUGCCGGCACACACGGGAGAUGCUGAGCCCCAUCUUCAUGGGUCAAACGUGCUCAAGCUCCUUUCCUGAGGUGCCUGAGCCAUCUCCUCCUUCAGCUAACUUUCUCCCAUAAUAUGCAUCUAUCUUUUUUUCCCUUGCUCCCAGACAGCGGUGUCUCAGAUGGCCAUGCUGGCUGGUUGUUGCUGUGAACAGACCGGAGCCAAUUUCCCAGCAGGAGUGUCUUGUCCUCUAGUGCAGUGGCAAAAGCCGAGCCCUCUUCUCUACUGCCUGCAGGUUGGCGGCUGAUGAUUGCAGAGAGGGAGGAGAAGAUUCAUGUGCUCUAAACCAAAUGUCAGUACCAGGGAGGUACGGCUAGUCGCUUCCGGAUGGCCUGGUUUUAAUACUGUUCUGUGACGGGACAGACAGUUGUGUGUUACCCUGGGUGGGAACUUUGCUGGGGGAAAGCGCAGAGCAAAUCUGGAUUCAUUGCGGGUGGUUAUUGCCCUUUCCACCUGGGUACUGUUAUUUUGCUAUGCAGAAAGUGGUUUUUUUUUUCACUGCAUGGAAGUUGUUGGUUUGAGAGUUACUGCCGUUGUUUUUAACCACAGAGAUCCUCAUGUGAUUGUGAUGGAUUACUUAUAGUCUGUUCUCUUCACACGCAUUGGCCAAACUAUUAAAAUAAAUGCAGGACUUGGUGUCCUAUGUCGGUCCUUACCCCCAACCCCAGGGGGCUCCUGCAGUGCUGCUUGGACGCCAUCUGCGCUCCUCUCCCCGGAGAUGCCUAGGGCUGCACAGCCAUCACCGCCUUGUCCAGCCUUCGGAGACUCGAAGAUGCAGGCUUGGAGAACAAGGUCCGGUGGGGAUGCCAUGGUCAGCCUGGAAAGAUCCAUCACUUGGAGCAUCCCUGCUGUGGUGCGGAAGGAGGGAUUCAGGGCAGCGCAAACCCUAUAAUGGACACUGACCCUCAGAGCGGCUAUUUUGGGGCUCGGCAGGGCUCAUCUCAGAUGCUUCAUGGAGGUCAUCAGAGGCGCAGCCCGUGGGAGGGAUGGGCAUGUGCCCUCUGGGGAGCCGCACUGAUUUCCCACGCUGCACACAAACGGGCUCUAGAAAACCAUCUAUUCAGCAAAGCCGUGUUUCCAUGACUCUUUUUGUACGAUUGCUGGGCUGGAGCCCAAUGAGGCGAGUAAUUCCCAAAUUAUUUUUGAUUACUUUUUCAAUUGGAGGCGAAUAAUAGAGAUGUAAUGAAUUGUCAUUGAGUUUGCAGUGGUGUAGCUGGCUGCUGGCUGCUAGGGGAUAAGAGAGUGACCCACCAAACCAGCUUUGUCCCUUAGGGAAAGCUGUUUCAGAAGCUGCUGUCAUGGCAUAGAGCGGGUGGUUCCCGUGUCUGCAAGGUUUUAUUAUGCAAAAAAGCCACAAAGUCACCUGGUGUUAAGACAGUUCUUGAGUGGCAGUUGGGAACCUCUCCCCUGUGUCCCCCAGGAGCUGGUGCCGGGACUCCCAGCUGCAGCAGAGCCCUUUGCACGGACACGGCUCCUGGGAGCUGAGCACGAUGGUGCUGUGCUGCUGGGAUUAAGGCAGCCCCGAAUGGGGUGGCACUCAAGCCACCCUGACCUGCAGCAGCAGCGAGGCCACAGCAUCCUGGGGAAGGUGACACCCAGCCUGCAGGUGUUCACCCCAAGAGAGACGGAGGCGGCAGGGUGAGCCCCAAAUUGCGGCAGCCCCGUGCUGCCCUGCCUGCUGCACCCGUCGCAAAGGUCCUGGUAAGUGGCUCUGUCCAGGCUGCUGCGGCAAAGCUUAAAAAGAUUUGCUGUGCUCAAGUCUGUAGCACGGAGAAGGAUUGCGUGUCGAGUGUGGAGGAGCAGAAAAUGCUUCAGGCUUGCAAGAGCACUGGGGCGGGGGGGCUGCCCUUGCACCCCCACUCCUCUCCCCAGAGCCAGGGGGCUGAAGGGCUUUCCUGCCGUAAGGGGACAUGUGCAAAUUCGGAGCAGCCUCAGGUACACAACGUCUGGUUGCAACAUGCCAAUCCUCACCUGCAGUCCUGACCUAACACUGUGGGUCAGCGGCAGCCAACUGCCAUGAGGUCGAAUGCAGAAAGGAGGGCAGUGCUGGAAGAAAUUGUUUGUAAAUAGAUUGUCUUCCAUAAAUCUCAUGCAACUUUGAUGGCCGUGUACUAAAAUUAACCCCAGUGUAAAUGAAUGAAAUACUAACAGUCAUGAUUAGAACGAUUGUUUCUUUUUUUUUCUUUUUUUUUUUUUUCUUUUUUUUUUUUUUUUUUUUUUUUUUUUUUUUUUUUUUU